CUCGUGUCCCGCCCCCUGUCCCUGUACUGUCCUCUCCUCUCCAGAACGCUGAUGUGUUACUAACUCCAGCUUCAACUCCAACAAAAAUGUUCAAUUUCGGGUCCAAAAUUCUACUGCUGUUCCUCCUGGCCUUCCCCUGCGGGUUAAUAUCCAUCGGCCAUGUCUCUGCAGACCCAGACUCUGCUGAGGACAUCGCUGAGGACACAGAUGCUGCAGUAGAUGAGGAGGAAGAUGAUGAAGAGGUGCUCAUUGAGGAAGAUCAGAUACAACCCUCGGAAGGAGACGAAGACGAUGCUGACGAAGCAGGUGAUAAACAGUUAGCGUCUCACCCUGAUGCCGACACUACCAUCAUCUUUAUGACCGGAGAAGAAUUCCCUGCCAAUGAAAUUGUGAGAUUCCUGGUGGGUUUCACCAACAAAGGAAGUCAGGAUUUCACCGUUCAGUCGCUGGAGGCCUCCUUCCGUUACCCCCAAGACUUCCAGUUCUACAUCCAGAAUUUCACAGCGUUGCCUCUGAGCACUGUCGUGCAGCCCCAGGCUCAGGCCUCCUUCGAGUACUCCUUCAUCCCAGCCCAGCCCAUGGCGGGUCGCCCAUUUGGUCUUGUUAUCCUCCUCAACUAUCUCGACUCUGAGGGCAGCGUGUUUCAGACUGCCAUCUACAACCAGACUGUCACCAUCACUGAGCUAGAAGAGGGACUGGACGGAGAAACGAUGUUCAUGUACAUCUUCCUGACUGGACUGGUGGUCCUGAUGCUCUUUGGGAUGUACCAGGUCCUGGAGACAAGGACGAAAAAGAGACUCCCAGUGAAAAUAGAGAAGGGCACUGGUGGGAUGAGCGAUGUGGACAUCAGCUGGAUUCCUCAGGAGACCCUCAAUGUCAUGAACAAGGCUUCCCCUAAAGCAUCUCCACGGAAACGAACCAAUAGGGCAGCUGGAGCAGAUCAAUAAAAGCCGUCUGUUUCCUUCUAUCAUCAUACUGUCCGUCAGGCUUUCAAAGCUCAUUUCCUCACCACAGUAACCCGACUCUCAUUUACAAUGGAUCAACAUUUCCAGCCCGAGCAAUGUGUUAGAGAUGUCUGUACGGAUCGCAGCCUCUCAUCCUGCUGCACGGCUGGAUCCACGACAACACGGCAUCCUGGACUCUACUGCUCUGAUCAGAACAAGACCAUUUAGACACUAACAGGACUGAACUACAGUUCAUAUUUAAAGGGACUUUUUUAUCAGUAUGUUUGUGUGAAAGGUGAUAAGAGAUGAACCAAUAAGUAAUUAAACUUUUUUGUAUGGAAAAAAAACGAAGGGAUUUUGGUACAAACUGCCCCGCAGAAAGCUAAAGAUAUGCAUUCCUGUUUCAUCUGUUAAAGGAGAUGAAUCCCCCUCCUCUGGAUCAUGUGAACACCACUGUGCCUUAUCUGUGUUAUAUCUGCAGUGCCCUGUGAAGGCUUUACGUUAAAAACAAGUAGAUGUAAUUGAUUCAGAGGUUUCCCACUGAGUUGUUUGUCAGUGGGGCAAAGGCAGCUGCAUUUACAAGCAAUAUUAAAACAGUGUUCUCUGGAGGUUUCUGCAGGUUAGUUUACCUGGAUUAUUUUUUUCACCUGCUGUUGUGAUGUAACCGUUCUUGGUGGAGCAGUCUGUCAAACUGCUAGUUUUGGAAAAAAAUAUGUUUUCAAAAACAAUAAAAGGGUGAACAAAAUAUA